CGUAUCCUUACUGCUUCAACCUACGGUUGCUGAAGCUCCCAUGGCGGACCGCGCUCUCUUAUCCCUCUCCCCACCUCCUUCCUUCUCCUCCAUCUCCGACCGAAUACCAUCUUUCCAUUCUUCAAUCCUCUCACGCUCGACCUUCUUGAAGACCAGACUCAGAAGAACAAUCAGGCAGAUAUGCCAAAGGGAAUUGACGGCAGAAUCACGGUCAUUGCCGCGGCUGAAGAAGUCCUUGGAAAACCCUUUUAUUAUCGAAAAGAUUUUAAAGGUGAAGGAGCCAUCAGUCUGGGUAUAUGCACUAUCAGUUGGACUUCCCUCUUGGUUGGCUUGUGCACAAGGUGCAGACGCAAGUGAAACUAUUCAAAUAAAUGCUGUUUAUGAGAUUGGAGAGUUGUUUGAAUUGGGAAUCCAACUAUCCUAUUUGCUUUUGCUCUUGGCCUUGCUUGGUGUGGGUUCUUUCUUUGUCAUCCGUCAGGUCCUAGUCCGCAGAGAACUUGACCUUUCCGCUAAAGAGCUGCAGGAACAAGUAAGAAGUGGUGAUGCUAGUGCAACUGAGUUCUUUGAACUGGGUGCAGUGAUGCUAAGAAGGAAAGUUUACCCCGCUGCAACUAAGUAUUUGCUUCAGGCAAUUGAAAAAUGGGAUGGAGACGAUCAAGAUCUUGCACAGGUAUACAAUGCCCUUGGUGUUAGUUAUGUUCGAGAUGGCAAGCUUGAGAAAGGAAUUACGCAAUUUGAAACUGCGGUGAAGCUUCAACCGGGAUAUGUGACAGCUUGGAAUAACCUUGGUGAUGCAUAUGAAAAGAAGAAAGACUUGAAGUCUGCUCUUAAGGCAUUUGAAGAGGUGCUGCUUUUUGACCCUAACAAUAAGAUAGCUAGACCACGGCGGGAUGCGUUAAAAGAACGCGUAACCAUGUACAAAGGAGUUCCUGUGAAAUCAAAAGAGAGAUGAUUGUGAUUGAUGGGACCAAAGUCGGCCUUUUCCUUGGUAUGAUCUUUCUCUUCAGUUUAUCUGAUGUCAUCUAAUUUUGGGACAGAGUAUUUCUUGACACGGAAAGUGCCGCCACCCUAAAUUUGUGAGCUUAUCAUGGGUAUUAAAUCCAGUGGUUUUGCCUCCUAAAAUCCUCCACGCUUGAAUCAUCGGAAGGGCAGAAAUUACCCAAUUAUCUCGGCACAUCAGAAUGUGAUGGGUGGCAGCUUCUGGUGACUUAGUCUCUUUGUUUUACGAUUUCAAAGUCAGAAGUUUGGGUUGCAUCCUGAAUGAUUUUGUUCGUAA